AUGGAUAUCCCCCGCUACACCCAGGUGCUCUUGGAGGCCAUCGAGACGGACUACUCGCUGGAGCGGUACCUUGAAGACGACCUCGCCACCAACUUCCCUCGGGUGCCCGAGGUGGUGUGCCACUUGAAGCUUCUCCGGGCGUUUGCUGUGUACAAAGAGCGUAUUUUGGAAGGGGAAACCGGCAACGAUGCCACGAAGAAAUGGCAGGUGUUUAUCACUGUUGCCGUGAGACGAUUCAUCAUCUGGAUCUCCGGCUUGAAGAGUUAUCUUAAACCGGAAAACGUCAUGGCCCGCCAGUGCAAAAAGCAGGUGAAGAAACGGGAAAAAGCCGAUGCCAGCCCCAAUGUCGACUUGGCCAGAUCCCACCUGAGAACCAAGCCCGUCGCCGAACCUCCUGAAGCUGCCAGUGUUCCGGAAAUCAUAUCUGAGCACCGUCUUUUCUCUGUGGGCCUGACGAAGCAUAUCCCUUUCAUUAAUGCGUUUGGUGAUCACUUGCCGCCUCUCGACGUGGCAAUGGUGUGGCACGCGUUCUUGCUUACUCCCAGGCUGUUUUACGACACGUUCUUGCACCACAGCUUCUUGUUCUUUGCCAACUACCCGUUCCCGUUGCUUGCGCUUACCCAGAGAAUCUCCGAUACCGACUUUGCAUACCGUCCUGAGGAGUACUAUGUCGAGCGGUUCCAAGACAUAUUGGAGCGGGUGGGGUAUAUCCGGGAACCGUACUCCAUCGAUGAGUUUAGCGUUGACGUUGUCCACUUCGACGUGUUCUGUCCUCAAUGCCACAUGAAGAUCGUCAACCAGGUGCCUGCCACCACCAAAAGCGGUAUUGGCUAUACCGACGCGGGAUUCGCCGUCACCGCGAUGCCGUGCCAGUGUUCGUUCUCGUUGGACUUGGACCAUGACGAAAUCCGUAAACGCCAAUUACAUGCUGAUGCGGUGAGUAAACUGACCCUUCCGGGGGUGUUUAAAUACUUCUCCAAAGUAUUGACCCUGCUGCUCCCCAGCGCUAUUGAACCGAUGCAAUGGGACGCCAAGUUGAAGCAAAUGAUCACCGGCCAGCUCACCCCGAAGGUACUGAAGCUCGACUUUAUCAAAAUGUUGCGCCACAUCCAGUCGGAGGUUAACCAUCGUCAGUUGAGUAAAGUGUUGAAGUUGUACCCGAUGAUGAACUUGAUUUCUGCUACUGUCCCCGGAGAUGUGGUGGUGUGGGAAGACCUUGUCGGAGCCAUCUUCCGUCACGAACGGUUCAUGGACACCAUCAAUGGCCUCGACUUGCUUUGUGCUGACGACAUUGCCGAAUUCGCCGCGGAGCUGAUCUCGCGGUACAAGCGGUUCUUUCACCUUGCUGUCCACGCUGAUGGCGGCACGUUGCUUGUGCCGACGUUGGAUAUCGAUCUUGUCUGGCAUACUCACCAGCUCUCCCACUAUUACUAUGUGAGGGACUGUUUGCGCCUGGGGAGACGGGUGGUGGUGGACCACGACGAUAAGGUCGACCAAGGACGUCUCGACACCCAGUACGGCCACACCGCCCGCGUCUACUUCAACCAGUUUAAGGAGGAGUACCUGGAGUGUCGAUGUAACUAUUGCACCCACAAGAGAUCUCGAGCUCCUGCGAGUAAGUUGAGACAGAUCUUCCGCUCCCACACUCAUCAGAAGCCACCAAAGAUUAAGGUACCGGGAACGGAGAAGAUCAAGGGACACCGCAAGCAGAACCUGCAGCUGUCGCUCCGGCUGGUGCUGUCUCAGCAAACGUCGCUGCUGCUGCCUCGCCAGUCGCUGCUGCUGACGCCGACUCCCCCGGCUUCGGAAACAGCUACCGCUACCCACGUAUCAUUCCACAACGCUAUUGAAUUACCGCUGGCAGCAGCCCAACGCCAUUUGAAGAGUAUUGAGCAAAAGCUUGGUGACGACGUGCCCUGGCACCACGAAGAGGAAACGACGCCGUUUGUCGUAUCGCCCACCAAGCCAGUCAAUGCUCGGUGUGCGCAAUUGUUUGGUCCGGGUCUCUGUGUUACCACCAUCGACAUCUUGGACGAACCCCAGCCGCCGAAACCAGGCUGGCGCUGGCGCCCCACCCCUGAUAAUUAG